AUGAGGCUUUUACUGGCUUCUGCCAUCUCUUUGGCCCUGGGGGCUUCGGCUUACGUGCCUAAUCCUGAGCAACACCCUAUCACCUCAAAACUUCCUGCCUUUCUCUCGUCUGCGCUCGACCAGUUCAAGGUCGGCGGUAUCUCCUCCGAGUCUAUCUCCGCCUGGGCAGAGAUUGCUAAGCUAUACCCCGAAGAUACCGUGUCUGCCAUUCAAGCCAUCCAGAGCAGGUCCAAGCCCAAGCCUGGGAUCGGGAAGCGACCGGAUAGUCACUGGGACUACAUCGUCGAUGGUUCCGAGACCGUCUCUGUUUUGGGGAGCAAGGUCGAUGGCCACGAUAAAAUCAAGGGCAGCAAGCUAAGGAUCAAGAAGCCCAGUGAUUUGGGGGUUGAUGCUAAAACCAAGCAAUACUCUGGUUACUUGGAUGUGGACGAUGACAAUAAGCAUUUCUUCUUCUGUCAGUUUCCCUCUGAACUUGGUUUGGUAUCAUUGUUUGUUCGUCAUGAUACUAAUGUUUCUCGUCAGGGUUCUUUGAAUCGCGAAAUGACCCCAAGAACGAUCCUGUUGUCCUUUGGCUCAACGGUGGUCCCGGGUGCUCUUCCUUGACUGGUCUCUUUAUGGAGCUUGGCCCUGCUUCCAUUAAUGCUAAGAUCCACACGGUCGAUAACCCGUACUCAUGGAACUCCAACGCUUCGGUCAUUUUCCUUGACCAGCCCGUCAAUGUCGGCUACUCGUACUCUUCAAGCUCCGUUUCAAGCACCCACGCUGCCGGAAAGGACGUUUACGCGUUCUUGACCAUGUUCUUUGAUCGAUUUCCGGAAUACGCUAAACAGGACUUCCACAUUGCUGGCGAAUCUUAUGCUGGGUGAGUUGUCGAAUUUCCUUAUUGGUGGUUGGGUUUCUCGCUGACGCUUUGCAAGACAUUAUAUUCCUCAGUUCGCCGCCGAGAUUCUCUCUCACAAGGAGCGCAACAUCAACCUUCAAUCUGUUCUGAUUGGCAACGGUCUUACCGAUGGUCUCACCCAAUACGAGUACUAUCGCCCCAUGGCCUGUGGUGAAGGUGGAUACCCAUCUGCCUUGAGCGAUUCUGAGUGCAAGGCCAUGGACGAUGCCUAUCCUCGCUGUGCCAGUAUGAUCCAAAACUGCUAUACCUCCAAGUCUGUGUGGUCUUGUGUCCCUGCCUCCAUCUACUGCAAUAAUGCCAUGAUUGGGCCUUAUCAACGCACUGGAUUGAACGUCUAUGACAUUCGCGGAAAGUGUGAAGAUUCUGACAACCUUUGCUACCCUGAAAUGGGCUGGAUUUCUAGGUAAGUUUGCCCGGCACUUCUCUUUUUUUUUUUUUUGCUAACAAGUCGAACCAGGUAUCUCAACAGAGAGGAUGUCAUGUCGUCUCUCGGAGCCGAGGUUUCUUCUUAUGAGUCUUGCAACUUUGACAUCAAUCGCAACUUCCUCCUCAAUGGAGACUGGAUGUUGCCAUUCCACGACUUUGUCGUCGAACUCCUUAAGGAUAUCCCUGUCUUGAUUUAUGCUGGUGAUGCUGACUACAUUUGCAACUGGCUUGGAAACCGCGCCUGGACCGAGGCUCUUGAGUGGCCUGGAAAGAAGGAUUUCAACAAGGCCAAGGUUGAGAGCUUUAAGGUCAAUGGCAAGGGGGCUGGAAAGUUCAAGACUUCUGGAAAUUUCACCUUCAUUCAGAUCUACCAGGCUGGUCACAUGGUUCCAUACAACCAGCCCGACCCAAGCUUGCAGAUGCUGAAUAGAUGGUUGGGCGGCGACUACUGGUGUUAGGCGAUGUCUUUUUUGUCUUGCGUAGUGUAGCCAGUCGGCCUUGGGUAUGGUUUUUUCCUUUUUAUUUUUUAUACUGGUUUGGACUUCAUGGCUCUGCAAUAUUUUCGGACCGGAUGAAUUGGCAUGAGUGUGAUACAUUAUAAUACUAUGGAGGUUUCGGGGGGUGUUUUUUUUUUUCUUUCCACUUUGUCAUGGUGUUCUCAGCACGUUUACUUGUAACUGGAAGAUAUUUUUAUUCAAUGCAUAGGAGUGGGAGUUAUUGAGAUGAGUGCCCGUUUGACGGCUUUCACGGGGGCCUUU